CAUUGGCCUGCAGUCAUGCAUUAUUGAUAAUAAUGGCCGUGUCUCUUUAACUGGCUUGGCGCUACGACACUUGAGGGUGCGUGAGUGUACAAGCCAGCAAGCGUGUGUGGAUUGGAUGCAUGUGAGUGUGUUUGAAGGCAGGCAGGCAAGCAAGCAGGGAGGCAGAGAGAGAAAAGCCAGAGCCUGCAUCCUCCAUCCUUUGCUUUUUGGGGAUAAGCAUAAGCAUCCUCUUUUAUUUUAUUAUUAUUGUUUUGCAGGAGGGAGCCUCUCCCUUCAUCCAUCCAUUCAUUCACUCCGGCUGGGAUCUAUCCAUGGCCUUUUCCUCCAGGCUCUCCUUCUUCUCCUUUUGAGGCGUCUUUCUUUCAGAGAGCCAUCCCAAAGCAGUGGAUGCUCUGAUGUGCCAGGCAAUCUGGAGGAGGCUGCCAAGGAGCAGGAGAGCUGCGAAGGAGAAGAAGCAAGAGAAGGUGGUGCUAAGGAAAGAAAGGAAGGAAGGAAGGAAAAAGAAGAGGGCCAUUGCUGAGCUUGCCCAAGGCUGACAUCAGGCUGCAUUAAUAGCCCAAAAACUGGGGAGCUCGGUGUGCGCUGGUGCGCCUGUGUGCCGCCUCACCCUCCCUCUUGUGUUGUUUACCCAUCGCAUCAGGGGCCGUCUCCCCACUCCUGGCAUCCCUCCAUCUUCCAGGUGCGCCUCUGGACAUGAAGAGGCCAGCGGUGUGCGCAGAAGGCAUGGCGUGAGCUGGGAAGAAGACAACAACGCGGCUGGAGAGUGACCUUGGAAGAUGUCGAGCCAGAGCAACGGUGACACCAAACCCCCAUGUUUACCCCGGAACGGGCUGGUGAAGCUCCCUGCCCAGGCCAAUGGGCUUGGCUCUGCCAGCAUCACCAAAGGGACCCCCGCCAUGAAGAACCGCCUGUGCCAGCCCUCCUCUGUGCCUGCUGCCAUCAUGGGCCCAGCCUUAGCCAACCAUGCCGAGCUGCCCCUCCCUGGCCUGGCCUCACCCUUGCCCUUGUCCUUGUCCACCCUGGCUGGGGUGCCGUCCCCAUCCAGUGCUACCUUGGUGGGGCUGGGCUCCACCGUCGAGGUGCCCCCAGCCAAUGGAGACAUGCCCCUCUCCUCUUUUGAGGCUGAGAGGCCUCUGGCAGUGGAUGAGAAGAUCCUCAACCGCCUCUUUGUGUACUUUUCAGCCUGUGAGAAGUGUGUACUGGCCCAGGUGUGCAAGGCAUGGCGGAGGGUCUUGUACCAGCCCAAGUUCUGGGUGGGCCUGACGCCAGUCCUGCACACCAAAGAGCUCUACAACCUUCUGCCCAGUGGUGACAAGGAGUUUGUCAAUCUCCAGGGUUUCGCCAUCCGGGGUUUUGAUGGCUUCUGCCUGGUGGGGGUCUCAGACUUGGACAUUUGCGAGUUCAUCGAUAACUAUCCCCUGUCCAAAAAAGGGGUGAAGUCCAUGAGCCUUAAAAGAUCAACCAUCACAGAUGCGGGCCUCGAGGUGAUGCUGGAGCAGAUGCAAGGAGUCAUGCGGCUGGAGCUGUCCGGCUGCAACGACUUCACCGAGGCAGGCCUCUGGUCGAGCCUGAAUGCCCGCAUCACCUCCCUGAGCGUCAGCGACUGCAUCAAUGUGGCUGACGACGCCAUCGCCGCCAUUUCCCAGCUGCUCCCCAACCUGACCGAGCUAAACCUGCAGGCCUACCACGUGACAGACACGGCCCUAGCGUACUUCACGGCCAAGCAGGGCUAUACUACCCACACCCUCCGCCUCAAUUCCUGCUGGGAGAUCACCAACCACGGGGUGGUCAACAUGGUCCACAGCCUGCCCAACCUGAGCACCCUCAGCCUCUCAGGCUGCUCCAAAGUCACUGACGAUGGGGUGGAGCUGGUGGCUGAGAACCUCCGCAAGCUCCGCAGCCUGGACCUCUCCUGGUGCCCGCGCAUCACUGACAUGGCCCUUGAGUACAUCGCGUGUGACCUCCACAAGCUGGAGGAGCUGGUGCUGGACAGGUGUGUGCGGAUCACAGACACCGGGCUCAGCUACCUGUCCACCAUGUCGUCACUUAGGAACUUAUAUCUCCGCUGGUGCUGCCAGGUGCAAGACUUUGGCCUGAAGCAUUUGCUGGGAAUGAGGAGUUUACGCCUCCUCUCUCUUGCAGGCUGCCCUCUGCUGACCACCACUGGACUUUCAGGCCUUGUCCAGCUUCAAGACCUGGAAGAGCUGGAGUUGACUAACUGCCCAGGGGCCACUCCAGAGCUUUUCAAGUAUUUCUCGCAGCACCUGCCGCGUUGCAUGGUGAUCGAAUAAGCAGCUCCUGGAAAGAAUCUGACCAACGUCUGGAGCCAAGACCUUCAAUCCCAACCCAGCACUGAACAACCAAUCAGAGUCAUGGUUUUAUUUAUUCAUUUAAUAUAUAUAUAUAUGUAUAUAUAAAUAUAAAUAUAUAUACUAUCUAGAUUUUUUCCCCGGGACGGAUGCUGUGACUGAAGCCACACUUACACACACAGAGAGAAAAAACAAUGCAAGCUGUCAUGAACAAAGACCUGGAUCAUCGGAUGGACAACACACUUGGUGUAAGGAUGUGGCAGUGACAAGUGAAUGAAUCCCUCCUCAAGUUUGUAAAUUUCUAUGCCUCCAUCAUCUCCUGCCUUCCUUGUAGUGAUCUGUCCUGAAAUCAUAAUUUUUGGAAAGAAAAAAAAAGAUAAAAACUCAAAAAAUAUAAUAAGAACAAAUGAAAGAGGCAUAGAAAAUGAGCAAGAAACUGCAAUGGCAGAUUGGUGAGUUGGUGGGCAUGUUGUUGCCACUCAGUGCUGGAUAAAAGCGGUUUCCGCCCAGGCGUUUCGUGUCAUGGUGGAUAGAAGUUGGGUUGCAAGGCAAGAUUCUGGGGCAAGUCCUCUUGAAGGUUUUCCCAGGUAUGGAUCCUGUACGGUCGAGCCUGCCGAUGGAAUGGUCGCCGUCCUCUGCGUUUGAGGUGGAAAGCGAAUGGAGGAACGAAGAGCGCCCUUCUGAGAAAGGAGGUUCAUGGGAUGACAGACGGAUGGAACAGCUCUGGAUGUGCAUGGGCUCUGCCACUGGAUUCCAGGAAAUGGACACUGCAGAAAAGUGUUCAUAAAGAGAAGCAGGGGAGCUGAAAAUGUGCAAGGAAAUCGGCUCAUGCUGCGUAAGAAAGUUUCGAAGCUUGUCUUGGAGACCCUUGGGGAUUUAGGACCAAGGGAUGCUUCUGAAAGUGAAGCGGGUUGCCAACUGGCCUUUGGCUUCAUCCAGAGAACAGGCCAAGGAGCGAAGUUUCCCAGAAAAACGGAUUUUACAAGCUCACCUGAACAAUCCUGGCUGACCCUUAAGGUCAUGCGGUGAUUUUUGGCAGAUAACGUCUGCCUCUUUUUGUUUUGAAUUUUUAAAAUUUCCUUUUAAAACCCCUUUUCUUUUGCUAAUGAAUAAGUUUCCCUCCCUUCUCCUCUCUUCAGAACAAAACCUUCAGCCUUUGCAUGCUAGCUUGCUUCCGUCUCGAUGUAAGGCAGGCUCUGGCUUCUACGUCCGCUGGGUAGGACUUCAGGCGGCAGCCUCAACCCCAGCUUGGCUUGUCUGUCCCACUGUAAAGCUGAUGUGGCAUUUUAUCCCAUCCAUAUUUCCAUUGACUGAGACAUGGAUCUUUAGCAGAUUGUGCCCUGAUCCUGCCCUGAACAGGCAAAGGCAUCUCCUUCCUUAGAUUCCUCUUAUCUAGCUGCUUACAAGCCAGUUACAAUACACCCGCUCUUUCCCACCCGUUUCCAACUAUACCAGCAGCCUGCGCUGUAUAUGGCCCUCUCAUCCGCUUUCUUCUGAGCCAAGGACGUGGCUGACCUGUUUGUUGGCCAUCCUUGGGCUGUUUCCACGUUGCUUCCACUGAGUUGCUUUUAGAGGCCCUUGUCUAUUGUUGUUUACAGGUUGGUUGACUCAGGCACUCAUUCUCCAUCUCCAUCCACAAGCUGCCAUGGAGAUCUAUCUGUUCCUGGGUGGAGCAACUUCUUAUUACAAGACCUGGAUGGAUAGCACAGCUCUUUGAGGCAACAAGCUGUAUUGCUGUGCCGAGUCUUUCCAAACCACUGCUUGUAUGCUUUUAAGGAGCGUCGUUGCCCACCAUCACCACUCGCUUUAGUGCCUGUGCAUUUUGGCUCCAUUGGCUGUGUUAACCAAUAACGGAAGUUGCCCUCUCCACCAGGCGUGAGGAGGGCAUUUGCCCAGGCAGUGCUCAAAGUGCCCGCCUUUCUCCUUUCAAAAGAAUAUGCCUGAGCAUUGGGUGCCUUUCUCUCUGAGAGUGGUAGAAAAUAUCACUGCCUGUUUGCUCCACUGUGCAGGGCAAGUGUGCCGGCAACCAACCAACCCUAAGUCAUUACAAGUGCAGGCAUACUUCCCUGGGAGCACAUCCUAUUGCAUGAAAGGCCUUAGCUUUCAAAUAAACAUACUUAGAAUUGUAUGUCCAUGAGCUAGAUCACACUGGCUUCUGUCAUGGGGGAAUAUCAGAAGAGAAUCUUCAGGGCCAAAAGCAUUUUGCUUUUGUUGAAGUUGGCAAGGACCAAAGGGGAGAUUUGAGUCCUCAUCCUCAAGAGUGUCCCAGGUGGUUGCAAUCCUGUUUCCUUGUUUCGUACAAGUGGAACAAGUGCAGGGAGAGGCAUUUAGAAGACAGAGAAAUUAAUGCCAUAAGACCUCAGGUCACAUUGUCUCCAAGUUCUGCGAACAGAAGGCAGUCUUUCCCUCUAGUGCAGGCAUGGGCAAACUUCAGUCCUCUAGCUGUUUUGUACUGGCUGUUAGGAAUUGUGGGAGUUGGAAGUCCAAAACACCUGGAGGGAGGGCUGAAGUUGACCCAUACCUGCUCUAGCGGGAUGGCCAAGUGCCCAUGGAAUUACGAUGCCCAAAGCAACCACCUAUUGUUUUAAUCCAGUCCCAGGCCUUUUACUACAACACACUGUGCAGGUUUCCACUUCAUGGGUGUUUUGGUGGCCUUCUAAUUUUUUCUGUGGUUUGGGAAGAGGGUUCUGUAAUGUUUAACCAUCGGCUCUGUCUGGUUGGAGGGGCAGGGAAUGUAUAGCAAUGGAGAAACAGCCUCUAAUUCCAAAGUUCCCAUAGCUCACCAUUCCGCAGUCCAGCCACCUGUGUUGGACUACAAGUCCCAUACUCUGGGUACGGUGGGAGCUCUUGCCCAGCACAUCUGGAGAAGACCCAGCUGGGGUUGUUCCAGCAGUCAAGCCAUCGCCCCCAAUGCCAGCAGAAUGCGAUCACUGGCACUGUCCACCUUAUCUCUUUUAAGUCUUCCCAGUACAGCCAGUGUCACCAGUCUCUAUCUAGGGCUUGAUUCAUGCCAAACUUCAACACCAGUGAUGCAUUUAGUCACCAAGGAUAGCCUCACUUCCUGCUCCCUGCUUCAACACUUUCCAGGUACUCCAAGCAGAUUUAUUUAUCUAUGAAAAAUUACAUAUACAUGAAGCCAUUUUAAAUAGUUAAAAAGCCACUUUAUUAAAAAAAAUAGUAUAACUAUAUGAAGUCCCUAUCUAGUUCAGCAGUCUUUCCACACAGAGGGCAGACACUGGGCAUCAAUAUGAAAGCCAUUCAUGUAAACUAGUGUUCAAAAGCCGCCUUCUUGUAAUAUUUAAGGAAAUAGACUCUAUAUCCAUCAUGGCUAGUAGCCUCUGAUAGCCCACAUCCUCCAAAACCUUUUCUUUUGUAAAGCCACCCAGUUUGACAGCUAUCCCUAAUUCCAUAAGUUCCAUGAUUACUUCUCCAAGAUGUAAAAAAUAAUUCUUUUUACCUGUCCUGAAUCUCCCAACAUUCAAUUUGAGCAAAAGACCUCACUAGGUUCCAAUAUCAUAAGAAACGGAGAAAAACAAAGACACCACCCAUCUAAUUCAGUUCAAGUGAUAACAUGUAAAUUAACCGAUGUUUGCUGACAUUGAAUUAAUUUACCAGAAGCUUCAGAUAAUGCACUUUUCAAUGAUCAGUUGCCAUGCAGUAAGGACACUUUAUGUUUAUUAAAACCAUUUUUAAAUAGCCAUUCUAAGAAUGUCAGGCAUACUGGGAAGAAGUGACUGAGAAAGAUUCCUAAGGAAAGCUAUUGUUGGCUAAGGCAGGCCAUAUGAGCCGAAUAAACCUCACCAGAAAUCAGAAGGCAUGAAUUACAAAUUAGUUCUUUGGUGAGGUAACCAAUGCAUAACUCAGAUUAUAAUAAUACUAUUACUAUUCUGAGUACCCCUUUUCAAACAUAAACAUUCUUCAGAUGUUUAAAGUUUCAUGUGAUAUUCUCACUACUUGAAUAUGAUGUCAACCCAAGGCCAUAUUUUUUUGUUUUUAAACUAAUAAAAAAGUAAUAAUUUAGUUACUUUUGGAUAACAUUCACAUGUAAAUCUUUGAAAACCCGAAUGGUAACUAACUCCUCUGGAGCCACUGUGAA